AUGCCUAACCUACUGUCGAGAAACCCCUUCCACGGUCAUCAUAAUGAUCACCACCAUGACCGUGACGGUUCAUCUAAUAAUCCGCCGCAGUUGAUCAGAAGCUCUAAAUCUUUCCUAAAUUUUAUUGGUAGAAAACAAAGUAAUGACUCAUUAAGAAGCGAGAAAUCUACCGAUUCCAUGAAAUCUACCACAACUGCCACUAAUUAUACUACGACAAAUCUCAAUAACAAUUCUCAUAGUCAUACCAACACGACUAGUAUCUCAACGAACAACAAUAAUAAUUACAGUGAAACAAAUCAUCAUCAUAAUAUCUCUCACGGACUCCAUGACUAUACUUCCCCAGCAUCACCGAAACAAACACACUCCAUGGCAGAAUUGAAAAGGUUCUUCAGACCCUCUGUAAAUAAAAAAUUAUCCAUGUCCCAACUUCGUUCGAAGAAACAUAGCACCCAUUCCCCGCCACCAUCGAAGUCAACUUCUACAGUUAACUUAAAUAACCACUAUCGUGCUCAGCAUCCCCACGGUUUUACAGAUCACUAUGCUCAUACCCAAUCUGCUAUACCGCCGAGUACAGAUUCCAUCUUGUCUUUGUCUAAUAAUAUCAACAUAUAUCAUGAUGAUUGUAUUUUGGCUCAGAAAUACGGGAAAUUGGGUAAACUACUGGGAUCUGGUGCAGGCGGGUCCGUUAAAGUUCUUGUAAGACCUACUGAUGGUGCUACUUUUGCCGUUAAGGAAUUCAGGCCAAGAAAACCAAGUGAGAGUGUAAAAGAGUAUGCCAAGAAAUGUACCGCAGAAUUUUGCAUCGGUUCAACUUUGCACCAUCCAAACGUCAUCGAAACUGUUGACGUGUUCUCUGAUUCCAAACAAAACAAAUACUAUGAAGUCAUGGAGUAUUGUCCGAUUGAUUUCUUUGCCGUUGUCAUGACGGGUAAAAUGUCCCGCGGCGAGAUCAACUGUUGUUUGAAACAACUGACCGAAGGUGUUAAAUAUUUACAUUCCAUGGGGUUAGCACACAGGGAUUUGAAGCUAGAUAACUGUGUCAUGACAUCUCAAGGUAUUUUGAAGCUAAUUGAUUUUGGUAGUGCUGUUGUUUUCAAAUACCCUUUUGAAGAUGUCGUAGCAAUGGCCCACGGAAUCGUUGGUAGUGAUCCUUAUUUGGCGCCAGAAGUAAUCACUACCACCAAAUCCUAUGAUCCUCAAUGCGUCGAUAUAUGGUCUAUUGGGAUUAUAUACUGUUGUAUGAUGCUUAAAAGAUUUCCGUGGAAGGCUCCGAGAGAUUCUGACGAUAAUUUCAAAUUGUAUUGUAUGCCAGACGACGUAGAACACGAUUAUGCGGAAUCUGCCAAGCAUCAUGAAGAAUUACUAAAGGAAAGAAAAGAAAAGCGUCAGAGAUUUUUGAACCACAACGAUUGUUCUACUAUCAGUCAACAGCAACCAGUUCAUGAAUCAAACUCGAACGCGGUUCAAAAUCAAGUCCCAACUCCGACACCUACGCAGGACAAUAAGAACAAUAAUAAGCCUGAAGUAGAAGGACAAAACACCGAAGAUGACGGCAAUAGCGAUCAUGGCAAAGAAAGUGCGCCAAAUAAUAGCAACCAAAGUGCCAAAAUCGAUAUUAAAGCGGAUGGACUAAAGAAUAACGACAUACAAGUUCCAAUUGGUGCUGACAUGGAUGCCCAUACUAAUGCCGAUUGCAAUGCUAACACUGACUGCAACACUAAAGUCAACACUAGUCCUGAUGUAGCUGCACAAAACCAUCAACAACAACAACAACAUCAACAACAUCAACAUCAACAUCAAGACAAACCUCAUAGUAUUGCCUCUGAUAACAGGUCAGGUCAACAACAUAGAGGUCCUCACCAUAAAAAGAUCAUCCACGGCCCAUACCGCUUAUUGCGUCUACUGCCUCAUGCUUCAAGACCCAUCAUGUCUCGAAUUCUACAAGUGGAUCCAAAGGAAAGAGCUACCUUGGAUGAAAUUUUUAGUGAUGAAUGGUUCGUGUCUAUUGCCGCCUGUACUAUGGAUUCAAAAAAUAAAGUUAUCAGAGCGCCUGGUCAUCAUCAUACGUUGGUUAGAGAAGAAAAUGCUCAUUUAGAAACCUACAAGGUUUAA